AUGAUGUCUGACGAUGAAAGUGUUUUCCCAUUGGGUGAUAUCUUAUCCGUCUCUGGUCCAGUCGUUGUUGCUGAGAAGAUGGAAGGUGCUGCCAUGUACGAACUCGUCCGUGUCGGUACUCAAAAACUAGUCGGUGAGAUCAUUCGUUUGGAAGCUGAUACUGCAACUAUUCAAGUCUAUGAGGAAACUUCAGGCUUGACUGUCGGUGAUCCAGUUCAACGAACGGGUAAACCUCUCUCAGUACACUUGGGUCCAGGUAUCAUGGGUUCUAUUUUCGACGGUAUUCAACGUCCUCUUGAAGUAAUUUAUAAUAUGAACAAGGAUAUUUACAUUCCAAGAGGUAUCAGCGUAAAUGAAUUGGACAUACAUAAGAGAUGGCAUUUCCAACCAACAAACUUUGGUGUUGGUGAUAAGAUCACUGGAGGAGAUAUUUUCGGUGAAGUUGAAGAGAAUGAUUUCAUCAAUCACAAGAUUCUCUUACCACCAAAUGCUAUGGGUGAGAUUACUUAUAUUGCUCCUGCAGGUGAUUACACUAUUGAAGAGACUGUUCUUGAAGUUGAGUUCAAUGGUAGACCUUUUAAAUUCAGUAUGGCACACCACUGGCCAGUCCGUAAACCACGUCCAGUCAUUGAAAAGUUGGCUGGUGAUUAUCCAUUGUUAACCGGACAACGUGUUUUGGAUGCUGUCUUCCCAUCUGUUCAAGGUGGUACUUGUGCUAUUCCAGGUGCCUUUGGUUGUGGUAAGACUGUCAUUUCACAAGCCAUUUCCAAGUAUUCAAACUCUGACGCUAUUAUUUAUGUUGGUUGUGGUGAACGUGGUAACGAAAUGGCUGAAGUCCUCAUGGAAUUCCCUCACCUUACUGUUACAAAUCAAAAGACCGGAAAGGAAGUCUCUAUCAUGAACAGAACUUGCCUUGUUGCCAACACAUCAAACAUGCCUGUUGCUGCCAGAGAAGCUUCUAUUUACACUGGUAUCACACUUUCCGAAUACUUCAGAGAUAUGGGUAUGAACGUUUCCAUGUUGGCUGACUCUACAUCUCGUUGGGCUGAGGCUCUCAGAGAAAUUUCUGGUCGUCUUGCUGAAAUGCCUGCUGACUCUGGUUAUCCUGCAUAUUUGGGUGCUCGUUUGGCUUCUUUCUACGAACGUGCUGGUAAAGUACGUUGUAUUGGUAACCCAGGACGUACUGGUUCUAUUACCAUUGUCGGUGCCGUCUCUCCUCCUGGUGGUGACUUUGCUGAUCCAGUUACAGCUUCAACAUUGGCCAUCGUUCAAGUCUUUUGGGGUUUGGAUAAGAAAUUGGCUCAAAGAAAGCACUUCCCUUCUGUAAAUUGGUCUAUUUCAUAUUCUAAGUAUAUUGAAAGUUUGGAACCUUUCUAUGAAAAGGUUGACCCAGAAUUUACUCGUUUGCGUACAGUUAUGAGAGAAAUUCUUCAACAAGAAGAAGAUUUGACUGAAAUUGUGCAAUUGGUCGGUAAGGACUCACUUCCAGAAAAUGACAAAGUUACUAUGGAAGUUGCCAGAUUGUUGAGAGAAGACUUUUUGCAACAAAACUCUUACACAAGUUAUGAUAUGUAUUGUCCAUUCUUCAAGACAAUUCUCAUGUUGCGUAACUUUGUUAAAUUCUAUGAGGAAUCCCAAAAAGCCGUUCAAGAAUCUGGUGCCGGUAAGAUUACUUGGAAUACCAUCAAGAAUGCCAUGGGUGAUAUUAUGUACAAGUUAUCAAAACAAAAGUUCAUUGAACCUAAAAACGGAGAACAAAAGAUCAAACAAGAACUCAAUGAGCUCUAUCAAGAAAUUGGAAAUGCCUUCAAGAAUCUCGAAGAGGAUUAA